CACGCGCGUUGUGCGGCAGGAGGGACGGAGGAGAUCGGCCGGCGGCAGCGCGGGCCCGGCCGGUGUGUGAGGGAACGAACACAUUCCCUUCGCCUCCGACGCGUCUCCGGCGGCUGCUGGUCUGCAGAAGGCAUCACUGGUCUCCGCAGCCAUGGCGGACCGAGCCACGGGGGCGCCGCUCCUGGGGCCGGUGUCGGAAAGUGCGGGGGAAAUGGACCCGGUGGAGUACACCCUCCGCAGGCGCCUUCCUCACAAGCUGCCCAGGCGCAAGAACGACAUCUACAUCAACAUGAAGACCGACUUCAAGGCGCAGCUGGGGCGUUGCCAGAAGAUGCUGGAGAGCGGCAGCUUCAGCGAGAUCUGUAUCCACGGCCUGGGUCUGGCCAUCAACCGUGCCAUCAACAUUGCCCUGCAGCUGCAGGCCGCCAGCUUUGGGGCGUUGCAGAUUGCGGCCAACACCUCCACCGUCGAGCUGGUCGAUGAUCUGGAGCCUGAGCUGGACGAGGGCGAGGGCAUGACUCGCACCAGGAACAACUCCGCCAUUCACAUCAGGGUCUUCCUGGUACUCCCCAAGGGUGAACAAGCUGAGGCGAUUAACCCCUGCAACUGAGGGGCGCAUGGCUUUCUCUCCCUCCAACUACCCUUUGAAUUCAUUCAGGACCAGCCCAGUGUGUGCUGGGUGUGACCAGACUGACUCUUGCUUGUUUUUGUGGUGUUUUCACUUCAAAUUACUUUCAAUUCCGAAAGUACAAUACGGUGUUGUUUACCAUGAGUGAAUCAUUAAAAGUAUUUUUUUUGUCUUAAGUAACUUAUGACAUUGGAACAAGGAGAAGCUACUUAAUCCCUUGAACCGCAUGUGCACGUUCAUUGCUUCUCUGUGACCUCUUUCCACUUACCCGGGUAUUUUUCCCCUCUAUCCUUGGUUAACAAAGAUCUUCUAGUCUUAGGUUUAAAAUUACCCAUUGGUCCUCUCAUCGUUUGCCACUUGCAGAGGUAAAUUAUAAACUUUUACCUCCUCCUGUGGUAUCAGACCUCAUUGCCGGCACCUCUGGUAUGGCCUCUUGUGGAAUUUUCACCUUCUCCCUCUCCCCAAAGACGUGCUGGUCUGUAGGUUGAUUGGCUGCUUUAAAUUGCUGCUUGUGUUCAGGUGAGUGGUUGAUGGGGAUAUGGGGAGAAUAACAUUUAUGUAGGAUUAAUGUAAAUCAGCGGUCAGCAUGGAUUUGGUGGGCUGAAGGGCCUGUUGCCGUACUCUGACUCCAUGACUAUCUCACCCUCACACAGAUCUAAACCCAACUGGUAGCUGUAAUUUUUCUUCUGUUUGGUCUUUAAGUUCCUCUUACUAGCUUGCAGUUUUUCAGUCAAAUCAUUUCCUAACCCAACUUGAUUCUGGAAAAUUCAGUCCUCAUCCCUGUAGACUAACUGUUAGAUGUAGGUGUGGUUCUGCAGAGAAAUUUUCACGAGGAAAGUGUUUGCAUUUGUUUUUGCCUUGUACAGCUGUUUUAUUGGUCCAGUGGUUGGUGGUGUUGUCAAUAUCCUUUAAUCUUCAGCCGCCUCCUCUUCCGCUCUAGGCUUAGGUCAGGUUUAAUUAUGCUCUUUCUAUACACUUGGCUCAGCUACUAUCACUUUCUGCUAAGAAUGAAGGUUACGAAUUUAGCUUCAAAGAAAUGAGUCAUCCACAUCGCUGUAUUCCUGCGGAGUGCUGCACUGCUGAUGGUGCAGGGUUCAAACAGAUGCCCUGACUGCCCUCUGUAAAGUAAACCACAGCUAAAAAGGAACAGGGGAUUUGUCUUUAAUUAAUGCCAGUAAAACAGAUCUAGUCAUUUAUCUUGCGGUUUGUCAGAGCUUUGUGUGCACAAUUCCAAACAUUAGAUGUACUGCUUCAAAAUGUUCUGAGAGGUUGCAAAAGAUGCUCUGAAAUAGAGUAUCUUUCUGUGCUAUAUCACUCUGAAUACAUCCUGUUUGUGAUUGCAGUAUGACUUUUUAAUAUUGCAGCUGAUAAAACUACUGGCUUCAUACUC